AUGGCUCCGGCGCAAUCAUUUGUGACCAGCUAUCCCCCGCGGGUUCGACAAUACGCCAACACCCUUCUCCAACCUGCACCACCAACACAGAAUGUCGCCCCUGGUGGCCGAACUACGAAGAGAGGCACUACGAUAAUCAACUACGCCGACGAUGCAUAUGAUGAAGAUGACUUUGAGGACAGCGAGGGACCUCGACGACCUACUGGAUUGCGAUCCUUACGAAGGGAUGACCCGGACAAGAAAGACGCACCGCCCGUCCGACUCGGGCGAGAACUACAUCACCCCGUUGAUCUCCAAGCGAUAUACAGAGACUGGAUCAUUAGGAGGACUGCCCGACCAGUUAGGACGGACGCUCAAUCACAUAUCCAAGCCCAACUUCCUCUGACACUCAUCCCCAUUCGAAUCGAUCUUGAUGUUGGUCCGCAUCAACCAGACCCUCCAUACCCUAUGCCGCGCACCAUCGACCCAACUGCUGCCUCACUCAUGCCUAUGUUCCGACGACCUGAUCCAUUACCUGGUUACAAAGUUCGAGAUAUCUUUCUGUGGAAUCUCCAUGAAAAUUUGAUGACGCCGGAUGAUUUUGCAUUGUGCUUUGUCAGGGAUCUGGACUUACCAAAUCAAACUGCCGCCGCCAUGAAUGUGAGCCAGCAGAUUCGAAAUCAAUUGGAGGACUAUGCCGGUGUCGCCAUGCAUCCGUUGUUUCAUACUCAGCCGAAGCGGCGAGGUCAGGUGGCAGAGACGACAAAUGCCCCCACACCUUCAGUCCUCCAGAAUGGAAGCUCUCGAGAUGGAACUCCCAGAUUGAUUGGAGCCUCGAUUUCGCGACCUGCCUCAACGGCACCAGGAACGCCAGCUCCGCAGACACCUCGACCUCCUUUACUUCCCCAUGGGGCGACGAUCGCAGCAGUUGCCUCGCCUAUGCCUGCCCCAGAGAUUGCACCCGACCAACUCGAAGAGCCAUACGACCCUUACCUCAACCCCGAUGAUACCUACCGCUGCAUCAUAACACUGUCUAUAUAUCUCUCAUCCAAACUCUAUCAGGACAAGUUUGAAUGGUCAUUGCUCCAUCCGCCGGGGGCUGCAGAAGUGUUUGCCAAACAAACGUGUGCAGAUAUGGGAUUGAGUGGUGAAUGGGUCAUGGCCAUCACACAUGCCAUUUAUGAGGCUGUCUUACGGCUGAAGAAGGAAGCGUGCGAAGGCGGGAUGAUCAUGAUUGGGGGAGGCACUUGGGGUGGUGGAGAGCUCGACAAUCAAGCGAUGCGACACGAAGAAGGGGCAGGGUGGAGGUAUGACAUUGAUGACUUUGGAGCCGAGUGGGAGCCCAAAUUCGAAGCGUUGAGUAAGGAAGAGAUUGAGAAGCGUGAAGGUGAUCGAGAACGACAGCUCCGCCGCUUACGUAGAGAGACGGCCAAAUUCAGUUCGACCUCGGGCAUGGUACUUUCGGCACGAGAGCAGGAAGCUCAACAACGUGGAAGCUACUUUGAUUAUACUGGUGUCGGCACGGGAGGCGAUGAAACUCCUCUCAUGGGUCGUGGCGAGCGGAGCAAGAAGAAACGACGAUUCCGAUCCCUCAGUCCUGUGGCAAAAGCGCAAACUCCAGAAGGAGGAAGUUCGGCGGGUGCUGGUUGGGGUGGCGAGGGCAAUCGAUUGCAAGAUUAUGAGAAGCAGAAUUGGCGGUGCAAGCACUGUCUGAUAUGGGGCAAUGCCAUUUGGGCAGUGCGAGAUGGACCACUUGGACCAAGAGCGCAAGUCAUUUCCACCUCCGGCCACGAUGACAUGAUUCAUGAUGCCGUUCUAGAUUACUAUGGUCGCCGUCUAGCAACAUGCUCGAGUGACCGAACCAUCAAGAUUUUUGAGAUUGAAGGCGAUCAACAUCGGUUAACAGAGACAUUGAAAGGCCAUGAAGGAGCAGUCUGGUGUGUAUCCUGGGCCCAUCCCAAAUUUGGCACCCUCCUCGCCUCAUCCUCAUAUGACGGCCGUGUUCACAUCUAUCGAGAAACACCUUCAUCACAAGCCACCUCAACGACUCAACAAUCUGCUCAAUCUCAAUGGUCUCUCGUUUUUACCUCCACCAUUCACACCGCCAGUGUCAACAUGGUCGCAUGGGCACCCCCGGAGCUUGGAUGUCUUCUGGCGUGUGCUAGCUCCGACGGGAAUGUCAGUGUCCUAGAAUUUCGCGACAACCAAUGGUCUCACAUCAUCUUCCCUGCCCACGGCAUGGGUGUUAAUGCUGUGAGCUGGGCACCAGCAGGUGCACCAGGUGCCAUUGCCCGCAAAGAUACCGGCACAGCAACUGCAAAUCCCGCAUCAGCAUCAACCACAACUCGCCGAUUUGUGACCGGAGGCAGCGACAACGCCGUCAAGAUCUGGGAUUAUAAUACACAGACGCAAUCCUACGAGAACACACUGAUACUCCCACAAGGUCAUAGUGACUGGGUGCGGGAUGUGGCAUGGAGUCCCACGCUCUUAUCCAAGACUUACAUCGCCUCAGCCAGUCAGGACCGAAGUGUCAAGAUCUGGACGAGUUCGAACCCCAAUGAUCCCUCAACCUGGGCCCUGGCCAAAUCUCUCGAGCUGGACGCUGUUCUAUGGCGUGUCAGCUGGAGUCUAUCAGGCAAUAUACUGGCUGUUUCCGGCGGUGAUAAUAAGGUGACACUAUGGAAGGAAGACCUAAAGGGGAACUGGGAGGUGGUAAGGGAAGUCACUGAGUAG